GCAACGCAAUCACAACAUCCGAUUUGUGACGCCGGGGCGGGCAAGAUGGGAGUCUCAAGGUUGCCGUCUGCAGCGCUUUCUCUAAAACAGUUUUUACAGAGACAAAGGGUUUUGGGGAUUUACAGAAAUAUGAUAAGGACCAUACGGAAGGUACCAGACGAGGCAGACCGGAAGUACCUCAGUGACUGGGCAAGAGACGAAUUCAAGAGGAACAAGAGUGCCACAGACCAGGAUGCUAUUCGUAUGAUGAUCACACAAGCUAACAACCAUUUAGAGGAGCUGCAGGGCUCUCUGGCUUUGGCCGGCAGUUAACAUCCUGGGACCUGCUGUGGACAAUGGCCUGAUCUGGAUCCGUACUCUGUGGAGACUCGUAGGGUGGUGUCAUUGUAACAGUGUGACCAAUAUGAAAUGUAUUCACACUCGUCUUUGGCUGGUCAUCUUUUUGAUGGAACUGACCGAAAGGAAUCAUCCAGGAAAAUGUGUGCUGCUGUUCAGCAUACAGUGACCAUCAUCAUGGAAACUCAUUCAUCUAUUUGCGCUUCAUAUUAUAUAAAUAUAUUGUAAUAUUGUAAAUAUUAAAGAGGAACUAAUGAACAUGAA